AUGGCUUCCAAAGAGACUGAAGCGCGGCAGCGUAUGGAAAAGGAGCUUUUGAAAGAUGAAGCUCUCAAGCAGGUCAAGAUCCUGGACUUGGCUCUGCAGAAUGAAGAGCCACAGUGGACAGUGGUCAUCAGCCUGACUGGGUCAGAAGGACAUGACCAGGCCGAUCCCUCCAUAGUCAUCAAGAGAGCUCGCAAAGCUCUUAGGAAGAUGAAAGACCGCGGUGCGGAUGGCGCCUUUCCAGUUCCCAAGAAGUGGACUGUUCUCGACGAGCUUCCCACGACCUCGGACGGGCAAGUGGACGAAAAAGCACUCUUCCGCCUGCUGACGGCUUGGGCAUCUACUGAUCCUAGCCUUUCACCGAAAGAAAAGAGGGCGCGUUUGGCUGCUCAUGCGGCACGUCCCGAUAGUCAGCACCUCCCCCAGGAGGAGGUCCCGACCCAAGAGACGGAGCUGGUUUUGCGAGAGUUCUGGGGCAGGGUUCUCAACAUCGAACCUCGGGGUAUCGGGAUCAAGGACAGUUUUCUGAGUCUUGGUGGAGAUUCGAUCAAUGCCAUAGAGCUCGUUGCAUUGGCUGAACAGUAUGGGAUCGGGCUGACCGUCACCGCGAUCAUGGGCAACCCUCGACUGCCGGAUAUGGCUGCCGUCGCAGUCCUGGACGAGCCGCAUAGCGAAGCAUACAAUGCAGAGCCGCUGAGCUUACUGCCGGAGACGGAAGUUGAUGCCAUUCUGAGUGAAGUUCGAGACAAGUGUGGCCUCGGAAACGACGAUGUUGUCGAGGAUGCUUUCCCAUGCACGGCGCUCCAGGCUGGCAUCAUGGCACUAUCGGAGAAGCAGCCUGGAUCGUACAUGACGAGACAGAUAUAUCAAUUGCCGAGCAAUGUUGACGUUCCCCGGUUCAAAGCGGCGUGGCGAGAGACUGUCGACCGCUGUGGAAAUCUUCGCACCAGAGUGUUGCCCGUCAACGGUCAAGCUAUUCAAGCAGUGAUCAAAGGUGACGCAGCUUGGGAGGAAACAGCUGGUGAAACAAUCGACUCGUUCGCAGAGAAAGUCAAAGACAUGAAGAUGACCUAUGGAACACGUUUGUGUCGGUACGCACUCGUGACUGACGUAAAAGAGGGCAAGUCAUACUUUGUCUGGACCAUCCACCACUCGAUAUUCGACGGGUUGACCGCCCGCCUCGUUCUCGACAGCUUGUAUCGGAUAUACCAUGGUCAAGAGACAAACUACCUGCGACCAUACUCAAGCUUCAUCAAGUACAUCACUGCUAUCGAUCAAGAUGCGGCGGGCAGCUUCUGGAAGACACAGCUGCAAGACGCUCGUCGGGCCAACUUUCCUCGCGCCACAAACACCAAAGGUGAAAUGGACAGCCGUGUGAUGACGAGAGAGAUUUCGUUUCCACGCCAGGCUGGAUCCUCUGUCACAAAAGCGACGAUAUUGAGGGCUGCCUGGGCCAUCAUCUUGGCCAGGUACUGUGAUACGGACGAUGUUUGCUUUGGAACAACUGUUUCUGGGAGACAAGCCCCUGUCCCUGGCAUCAAUCAGAUGGCUGGAUUUGUCAUUGCCACGGUUCCGAUCCGGAUUCGCCUCGGCGCCCAGUCUGUUGCUGCCUUCUUGAAGAGCAUCCAGGACCAGGCGUCUGAAAUGGUCGCCUUUGAGCAAUAUGGGAUACAGAACAUUGCAAAGCUUGGUGAGGAUGCGAGAGAUGCUUGCGAUUUCUCGAACCUGCUCGUCAUCCAACCGGCCAGGUCAUUGGCCUCUGCGGCCGAUUCUGGAUCCAAGGACGCGAUAUUGUUGAGAGGCAGCGCUGCCGAGAAGGAAUUGUCUGAUGCCUCAACGCGGAAUUACUUUAACUAUCCACUUGUUCUCGAGGCUUUUCUUGACGAUGAUCGGGUCAGUCUGCAAGUCACGCAUGAUCAAAAUUCCAUCAGGAGCGACGCCCUGGAGGCGCUGUUCCAUCACUUCGACCAUGUCGUCCAGCAACUCCUACAAGCAUCAGACCAGCCACUCAGUGCGAUCAAUGUUGCAGGAGAUUGGGACUUGGAAUGCGCAAAAAGGUUCAAUGAGGAAGCCCCAGAGAUUAUAGACCUUUGCAUUCACCAGAUGUUCGAGAACCAAGCUCUAAGACGGCCGACAGACCUGGCAAUCUGCGCAUGGGACAAGAGUUUCACGUACAGUGAGCUUAACCAGGCAUCGAACAGACUGGCUCAUCACCUCGUGAACAAGCUCUCUAUACAGAAAGAAGACUUGGUACAUGUGUGUUUCGAAAAGUCCGCCUGGUACAUCGUUGCAAUAUUGGCAAUCAACAAGGCGGGCGCAGCUUGGGUCCCCUUGGAUCCCUCCCAUCCUGAGCAACGUUUGAAGCAAGUCGUUUCGCAAACAAAGGCAAAGGUUGCUUUGGCUUCAUCGACGUACUCGUCGUUGUGUGCUCGUAUCGUUGACUUUGUCGUCGAAGUAUGCCCUGCUUUGGACGAGAAGCUGGUCCACAACGAAUGCAGUGCACAAGGACCAAUGGUAGAGGUAUCACCGCGAAACGCUGCCUAUGUCUUGUUUACGUCUGGGAGCACAGGAACCCCGAAAGGUCUGGUUAUGGAACAUGGCGCUGUUUGCACAAGCCAAGUGGCCAUUGCCAAACGCCUUGGAAUGACGCCUUGCGUGAGGUUGCUGCAGUUCUCAGCGUACGUUUUCGACGUCUCUGUGGGCGAAAUUGUACAGCCGCUUAUUACAGGCGCGUGUUGCUGUGUGCCCUCGGAAGCGUCUCGCAUGAACAAUCUUGUCGAGUUCAUUCGCGAUCAGCACGUUACCUGGACGUAUUUUACGCCGUCAUUUGCGAGAACAAUCAACCCAGUGGAGGUUCCAAAUUUGGAGCUGGUGCUGCUUAUAGGGGAAGCUGUUCCGCGCGAUGUCUUUGACAUGUGGGUUCAAGUUGGGAGGACACGGCUCAUCAACGCCUGGGGGCCUGCUGAAACCUGCGUCUUUAGCAGUAUCCAAGAAUGCCGCUCAUCGAAGGAAUCCAAUCUGGACAUCGGACGGCCCGUGGGUGCGUUUUGUUGGAUCGUUGAUGCCACUGAUCCUCAGCGGCUUGCGCCUAUUGGAACCGUGGGCGAAAUCGUCGUGCAAGGCCCGACUGUCCUGCGAGAGUAUCUUGGUAACCCGGAAAAGACAAGCGAAGCAGUUAUCACUGCUCCAGAAUGGGCACCCCAUUGCCAGUCAAAGUACUGGAACCGGUUCUAUAAGACGGGAGACUUGGCCUACUACAACCCUGGUGGGACUAUGGAGUUCCUCAGCCGCAAGGAUACGCAAGUCAAGAUCCGUGGCCUUCGUAUCGAGCUCGGUGACAUUGAGCACCACAUACAGAAUACCCUGAAGAGUGUGUGCCAAACAACGGUGGACGUCUUCAAGUCUGAUACGGGCUCUCAUUUGGUGGCGUACAUCUGCUUUACAAAGGAAAGGCGAGCCACAAGCAAAGCUGGUCCUGAAAACGACGCCCUUUUCUUGCCCUUGACGGAAGAAGUGAGAUUGCAAAUCACCGAACUCAUCGGCGAGCUCAGCAUUUUGCUCCCUCACUACAUGAUUCCUAGGAUAUUCAUCCCCUGCCGAUAUAUGCCAGUUGUCUCUUCGGCGAAACUGGACAGGAACAGACUACGCGAUUUUACGCAGAGACUCACCAAACAGGAGUUGGCGCAAUACUCCCUGGCUUCUCUCAACACCAGGAAACCAGAAACUGCCUCUGAAGUUCGCAUGCAGCGGCUAUGGGCCGGAGAGCUGAAAGUUCCGGCAGAGUCGAUAGGACGAGACGACAGCUUUCUUCAUCUGGGCGGAGACUCGCUUGUGGCCAUCCAACUGGUGACUGCAGCCCGUAACGAGGGCUUGUCACUUACAGUGAAGGACAUCUUUGAUGAUCCGCGGUUGUGGGCGGUAUCACUGAAGGCCAUAGAGGUUGAUACGAGUAAAAGUGUACUGCCUGAGAUUCGCCCAUUUUCUCUCUUGGAUGGUCACAUUGACACCGCUGGUAUCGAUGAGAAAUUGCGAACACUGUGUGGUCUGCCAAGAGACACGACCAUUGAGGAUGCUUUCCCAUGUACUUCCCUCCAAGAGGGACUUUUGGCAUUGUCGACGACUCAGCCUGGCUCAUACAUUGCCAAGCAGAUGUAUCGACUACCCACAGACGUCGAUAUUGCGAGGUUCCGAGCUGCUUGGGAAGAAACUGUUAGGCGUUGCUCUAACUUGAGAACGAGAAUUGUCUUAGUUGAUGAUAUCGCUGUCCAGGUCGUGGUAAAAGACGACAUUACAUGGGACUCGGUUGAACCAACAAAUCUUGAUGCAUAUACAGAAGGUUGUCACAGUCUCACAAUGGGCUACGGAUCGCGUCUCAGCCGCUAUUCCAUCAUUCGCGGAAAUGGGGAUGAAAAGGGCGUAUACUUUGCCCUCUGUGCUCAUCAUUGUGUCUUCGAUGGCUGGACCCUGCCGCUCAUCUUCAGUACAUUAUCCGCCGUAUAUCACCGGACAUCUGUGCCCAGGCUCGUUCCCUAUGUCCAGUUUGUCAACUACACCAUGGGACUUGAUAAGGACGCUGCCAGCAGUUAUUGGAUCUCUCAGCUUCAAGGUGCCCAGCCAGCUUCGUUUCCGUCCAUUGCAGAGACUCAAUCGCAGGGCAAGGCCACACGUGUGAGGACCCAUGGCGUGCGGUUUCCCCAACUAGAUAACCUCUCGGUCACUAAAGCAUCGAUAUUGCGCGCCGCUUGGGCACUCGUGCUGUCGAAAUACAGCGAUACCAGCGAUAUCUGCUUUGGUACAGUAGCCUCGGGCCGCAAUGCUGAUCUUCAUGGCCUGGAAUCGGUUGCUGGCUUGGUCAUUGCUACUGUGCCCGUCCGAGUUAAGCUGGAUCGUCAGAAGCCGAUUGCUUCAUUCCUUCAGGACAUCCAUAACCAAGCCAUUGAGAUGAUACCGUAUGAGCAAUAUGGCUUGCAGAACAUUUCCAAGCUCAGCAAGGAAGCUCAGCAGGCGUGUGAUUUCAGCAGUCUCUUCGUGGUGCAGCCGGCCAAUACCGAGGAUGUCGCCGAGUCUCUGCUGACCUCGGUCAAUUCCGGAGGCAAUCUCUAUGAAAAGUCGCUGCAGAACUAUCUCAGUUAUCCCCUGGUGUUGCAAUGCUAUUUGCGAGAGGACCAAGUGGCCUUGGAAUUCAUCUAUGAUGAGAAUGUCGUGUCUGAGUGGCGGAUACAGGCAUUAUCUAUACACUUGGAUAAUGUUAUCCAACAGCUUUGCAAGCCAAAGGAAGAUGUUCUUGGAUCUAUUACUAUAGCCGGCUCGUGGGAUCUCCAGCAAGCCAGGGACUGGAAUGCUCCGUUCGACUUGGUAAGUAGAUGCGUUGAUGACUUGGUAGCCGAGCAGGUGUUUAUGAGACCAAAUCAUGAAGCCAUCUACUCAACAGAGCAAACCCUUACAUAUGCUGAGCUACACGAGCUGUCCAGCGCCUUGGCCUCUCACCUCUCAGAGUUGGGGGUAGGGCCCGAGGUCGUCGUUCCCUUGUGCAUGGAAAAGUCGAUUUGGGUCGUCGUUGCGAUGCUCGCAAUCAUGCAAGCAGGCGGAGCCUAUCUGCCUCUUGACCCUUCCCAUCCGAUCAAUCGCAGACGGAUGAUUGUGGAAGAAGUCGGCGCCAGUGUUAUUCUGGUAUCGCCAACGACAGAGAUUUCAUGCAAUGGGCUGGCAAGCAGCGUGAUCGUGUUGUCGGCCUCCACGAUGAACGGACUCUCUGAGCUAACAAAACAUGAACCCAAGCCACCAAAGAGACACUCACCAAAAAACGCCGCGUACGUAUUGUUCACUUCAGGUUCAACAGGAAAGCCAAAGGGUACAGUCAUUGAACACUUUGCUGCCUGCACAAACAUCCUGGGCAUUGGAAAGGCCGUAGGAUGGGAUGACUCUUCACGAUGUCUCCAAUUCUCGUCUUACACUUUCGACGCCAGCGUGGCGGACAUCUUCAUCACACUCGCAUUUGGUGGUACGAUAUGCAUGCCAUCCGAAAUGGAGCGGUUGCAACACACGCACGAGUUCAUCCGGAAAGCACAUGUCAACAUCGCGGUGUUCACUCCGUCGUUUGCCCAGCUUAUGAACCCACGUGUGGUGCCUCAACUCCAGACUUUGGCCGUCAUUGGCGAGCCCCCUACCGAUGAUACUCUAAAGGUCUGGUGUGAGCAUGUUAGGCUAUACAAUAUAUACGGCCCAACAGAGAUCACCAUCUGCUGUACUACUCACCUUUUUAGUAUACAUGACAACCCCAGGAACAUUGGUCGACCUUUCAACAGUGCCUGCUGGAUCGUCGAGCCAGAUAACUACAACGAGCUGACACCUAUUGGUUGCGUUGGCGAACUUGUCCUCCAAGGGAAUAGCAUAGGCCGUGGGUACAUAAACGAACCCGAGAAAACGAAGCAAGUGUUCCUCUCCGAGGUUCAAUGUGCUUCAUCUGGGCCUCGUCGGUUCUAUUUGACUGGUGAUUUAGUCAGGUAUAACGCAAAGGGCGAAAUCGAGUAUCUCGGCCGCAAGGACAAGCAGGUCAAGAUUCGCGGACAGCGCUUGGAGCUCGGCGAAAUCGAGGCCAGCAUCAAGCGGGUCAUGCCAGAGAUUGCUCAAGUCGGCGUUGAGCUGCUACGGAGAGAGGCUGGAGACUGCUUGGCUGCCUUUAUAUGCUUCAAAGAAGAGCAUGAUGACCGACCAGCCAACAAUUUUGUUCCGUUGGAAGACGGGAUGCGGGAGCGCCUUGUUGGGUUGGUUGAUAAGCUCAAGGAUGAACUGCCCAGUUACAUGGUCCCCAAACUAACCAUACCUCUGCGCAAACUGCCGUUUAAUGCAGCGAUGAAGCUUGACAGAGGCAAACUACUGGAUUCGAUCAAAGGCCUUACAACGGAGCAGUUGAUGUCAUAUUCGUUGUCAGAGAGAGAUAGGAUCCCCCCAACAACCGAGAUGGAGAUCAGAUUGCAAGGCUUAUGGGCUCGCGUGCUGAAGCUUGAGCCGGACACCAUCGGGAAGAACGACCACUUCUUCCAGACUGGAGGUGACUCGCUUUCGGCCAUCAGGCUCUCUUCGCUUGCAAACCAGCAGGGCAUCAAGCUGUCCGUCGCAACGAUAUUUGCGGAGCCAAAGCUUUCAGCAAUGGCCGCUGCUGUCACCGCGGGAGAGGUCGAGGAGGAAGUUCAGUUGGAGCCUUUCAGCUUGCUUCCUUUCGAGGUGACUGACGAUGUUAUGAAUACCGUUAGAAAAAAGUGUAACCUGUCUGGAAGUCAAGUUAUCCAGGACAUGUAUCCCUGUACUGCUUUCCAGGAAGGGCUCAUGGCUCUCGUCGUCACGCGGCCCGGCUCAUACAUUGCAAAGAACAUCUACAAACUGCCUGCCGAUCUGGAUCUUGCAGUAUUCAAGACAGCCUGGGAGCGGACAGUAGCGUUGUGCGACAGUCUUCGAACGAGGAUUGUGUCCGUUGAAGGAACCUGUCUCCAAGUUGUGCUAGAUCGGGAUUUUUCAUGGGAUACAGCUUCGUCCUCCGACAUUCAAACCUGUGUGUCUGCUUCAUACCGCGUGGAAAUGGACUAUGGAUCACGCCUUUCACGAUAUAGCAUUGUGGAAGACAGGAACGGCGACAGAUAUUUCUUCUGGAUAAUCCAUCACGCGAUCUUCGACGGAUGGAGCCUCGGAGUCAUCAUCAACACGUUGACUGCGCUCCUGAAGAACAGCGCUUUACCAACUUUGUCUCCUGUUCGGAAAUUCAUCAAGUACACGAUAGAUCUCAAUACGGAAGCAGCAAAUGAGUACUGGAUGAAGCAGUUACAGGAUGCCAAGAGAGCCUCAUUUCCACCUCUAGGGCCGCGACACCAACCAACUUCUUCAAAGAAGAAAGCAUGUGUCUUUGCCAGGGAUAUCAGGCUUCCCCCUUCGUCGCGCGGUUCCAUCACACAAGCUACGAUAAUGAGGACUGCGUGGGCCAUGGUUCUCGCAAGGUACUGCGACAGCAACGACGUGUGUUUUGCAUCAACGGUAUCUGGACGAACUGCCCCUGUCACCGGACUGGAGUCCAUGCCAGGAGUGACGAUUGCAACUGUACCUGUUCGCAUCCGCAUCAACCGUGGAGAGGAACUCACGUCGCUUCUUGACAGAGUCCAGCUCCAAGCGUCCGAAAUGGUUGCAUACGAGCAGUUUGGUCUUCAAAACAUCACCAAGCUGAGCCCGCAAAUUAAAGAAGCGUGUGACUUUUCCAGCUUGAUGGUGGUGCAGCCUGCGGAAACCAGCGAUCCUGACUCAAUUCUCGUCUCUUUGAACUCGGAUGAGAGGCUUGCGGAAGAGGUUUUGCAGAACUACUUUACCUACCCUCUGAUUCUUCACUGCUUUCUUGGCGAAGGCACGGUGAAGUUGGUAUUUAUUUACGAGUCAGGCGUUUUGGCGGAGUCACAGAUACGAGCCCUGUCGCGACAACUUGACAACGUUAUCCAGCAGCUCACUGUAUCCGAGGACAAGAGCGUUGGAGAUGUCAAUAUUGCCGGGGAAUUCGACCUAGAGUAUGCCCUGGCGGCGAAUGGCCAGCCUCCUGACACUGUUGAGGAGUGUAUUCAUGACCUUAUCGGACGAGCUGUUACGGGGUUCUCGGACUUGCCCGCCGUGUCUGCCCGGGACGCUACAUUUACCUACAAGGAACUUGACAAAGCCUCUGACAGGCUUGCCAAUUAUUUGGUUUCCUUUGGAGUCCAAGUAGGAGACAUCGUCCAUGUUUGUUUUGACAAGUUGGCCUGGUAUGUGGUCGCCACUCUCGCAAUUAGCAAAGCCGGCGGAACCUGGUCACCCCUUGAUCCUUCUCAUCCGCACGAGCGACAUAAACAAGUCAUCAGCCAAACUGGAGCUUCGCUCGCAUUGGUCUCGCUAGGGAAUGCGUUGAGACUUGCGGCUUUGGUUGAAAACACACUUGUAGUCGCAGAGGAACUCAACACUCGACUGAUGGAAGAAGGCUGCUACGAGGGAAGGCCCCGUGUCGACGUGACGCCCCAUCAUGCCGCCUAUAUCCUUUUCACGUCAGGCAGCACAGGUACGCCAAAGGGCGUCAUUAUAGAGCACGGGGCUCUGUGUAGCGCCCAAACAGCUGCCAGCAAGAGGCUCGGAUUCCGUCCAGGGGUCAGAAUGCUGCAGUUUGCGUCUUAUGUUUUUGAUGCCUCAAUUGCGGAGAUUAUCACACCUCUGAUAUCUGGUGCCUGCGUAUGCAUCCCCUCGUGGGAUACACAGAUGAACUCGCUCACCAGAUAUAUCCAGCAAGAGCGGGUUAAUCGGGCUUUGCUAACCCCUUCAAUUGCUCGCACGAUACACCCGGAUGACGUGCCGAGUCUCGAAUCGCUCAUACUAGGAGGCGAAGCUGUGGGAAGAGAUGUAUUCGAUAUGUGGUAUGGCAAGGUCCAGUUGCUGAACGCAUGGGGGCCUACAGAGUCCUGCGUAUUUGGAGCUGUGCAUGCGUGGACGUCGGGAGACGAGUCACACUUGACGGUUGGGCGGCCGCUUGGAGGCUUCUGCUGGAUUGUUGAUUCAAACGAUGCUCAGAGGCUGGCACCGAUAGGGACUGUGGGCGAACUUGUUAUUCAAGGGCCCAAUCUGUAUCGCGAAUAUUUGUCGGAUGCAAAGAAAACGGCUUCGGCAACUGUACAGGCCCCUGAUUGGGCACCUUACCGCGACUCGACACGAUGGAAUCGCUUCUACAAGACUGGAGACCUGGCCAUGUAUAAUCCCGAUGGAACACUUGAAUACCAAGGUCGUAAGGAUAUGCAAGUCAAGAUCCGUGGGCUUCGUGUGGAGUUGGGCGAGAUUGAACACCAUAUACAUACACGGUUGGACAGGGUCUGCCAAGUUGCCGUUGAUGUCCUAAAGACGGAGUCUGCUUCCAUUCUGGUUGCGUUCCUUUGUUUUGACGACGAUACAAUUCCUGCAGGGAGACAGAUUCCAGAGGAUCUAAUCUCUCCUCUGACAGAAGAUUUGAAGCGGUCUUUCCAUGGCCUUCGUGAGCAUCUCGGCUCUGCUCUACCGACCUACAUGGUGCCAACGUUGUUCAUUCCUUGCAAGGCUAUGCCACUGGCUACUUCUGCGAAACUGGAUCGAAAAAUGCUGCUCCAGUUGACUGCUCAGCUUGGCCGGGAGAAACUGAAUGAAUUCGCCCUAGAGGAUGGAAAAGAGACCAAAGAGAUGCCCAAGUCAGAUAUGGAACGCCGUCUCCAGAAACUAUGGAGCGACAUUCUCAGUAUCCCGCAGGAUUCCAUCUAUCGCGACUCCAAUUUCUUGAGCAUUGGUGGCGAUUCUGUGGCAGCUAUCCGACUCGUGUCUUAUGCUCGCACCGCAGGGAUUCUGUUCACUGUGAGCGAUGUGUUUGACGAUCCCCGGCUGUUCUCCUUGGCAGCCAAAGUGAGAUUGCUGGAAGCAAAUCCUCACGAAGAGGACAUUCGACCCUUUAGUCUACUGGAGAAACAUCAUCAAACGAUGGCUACGAGCGACGCAACAAGGGCUCUUCUUGGGCUCCCCAGCAGCAAUAGUAUCGAAGAUGCCUAUCCUUGUUCAAGCCUUCAAGAAGGGCUCAUGGCUCUAGCUGUAAAGCAACCUGGCUCGUAUAUCGCAAAGUUCAUCUAUCGCCUUUCUGACACUACCGAAGUUUCAAGAUUCAAGGAAGCUUGGGAGCGGACAGUUCAGAUUGCCAGCAAUUUGAGAACUCGAAUCAUUCAACUAAGUGGCCAAUCUCUCCAAUUGGUCAUCAAGGAGGAGGCUUCGUGGGAUGAUGCUCGCGACAAAACUCUAGAAGGCUAUCUGAGUGAGCUUCAGGGUGUUCAAAUGAACUAUGGCUCUCGUCUGCGCCGUCAUGCUAUUCUACGAGAUGAUGAACGUCAAGAAACAUACUUUGUCCUCAUUCUUCAUCAUGCCAUCUUUGACGGGUGGUCCGUGAGAAGCAUCUUCAACAUACUUCAGAACGUCUACCACGGUCUCAAGGAUGUUAACAUUGAGCCUUAUUCGAGAUUCAUCAAGUACACCUUGCAGUCGAAUCACCAAGCCGCUGUCGACUACUGGACGUCACAGCUUCAAGGAGCUAAGCCGGCUUCGUUCCCAUCCAAGAAGAACCAUUCGGAUCCAGGUGUUGGCCACGCAGACCGCACUGGUAUCGUGAACAAGAUGAUUGAUGUCCCCACGAUAGCCAGUCCCAGCAUCACAAUGGCGACGAUUGUAAGGGCUGCCUGGUGUCUUGUGCUGUCUCGAUACUGCGAAACUGACGACAUCUGCUUCGGCGCAACUGUCUCCGGCAGACAAGCCCCAGUGCCCGGCCUCGUUGAUAUGCUGGGGCCUGUCAUCGCAACUAUACCCGUCAGGCUCCGUACAGACCACAAGAAAUCGGUGUCGGAAUAUUUGCGCUAUGUGCAAGGACACGCUACCGAGAUGAUUCCUUACGAACAGGUUGGCAUCCAGAACAUCUCCAAGAUGAGUAACGACGCCAAAGAUGUCUGUGACUUUUCGAGCCUUUUCGUCGUUCAGCCGAUGCAGUCUCUUCUCGGUGAUGGGAACGAGAGCAUCAUGGUCGCUAUGGAAGAAGGCAAAAGUGCAGACGCUUUUCACAAUUACUUCAACUACCCGUUGAUCAUCCAGGGACACUUGUACGAGAACCAGAUCGAAAUCGUGCUUAUAUACAAUAGAGGAGUUAUGCAAGAAGCGCAACUCAUUGCCCUUGCGCAUCAGCUCGAACAUGCUGUUCAGCAGCUUGCUACACAGACGGACAUGCUUCUUGGAGACGUGCCGAAGUCGUCGACCUGGGAUAUCCAGCAGGCGACCAAGUUCAACCCUGAACUGCCGAACAUUGUCGAGUCAUGUGUACAUGAACUCUUCGAGAAGCAAGCCGCUACUCGCCCGGACUCACUAGCAGUGGAUGCUUGGGAUGGCCGCUUUACAUAUGAUGCUUUGAAUCGGGCUGCCAAUCGCCUGGCGCACUACUUGAUCCAUGAUCAUAAAGUCAGGACGGGCGAUCUUGUACACGCCGUUUUUGAGAAGAGUGCCUGGUACAUCGUUUCCAUAUUAGCCAUUAACAAGGCUGGGGCUACUUGGGUUCCCCUUGAUCCAGCUCAUCCGAUCCAGCGGCUUGCUCAGAUUGUCUCUCAAACAAAAGCAACUAUUGCAUUAACAUCACCGACACACUCAUCUUUGUGCAAGGCGCUCUUCGCUACGACGCUCGAAGUCACAGAAGCACUAGACAAGAAGCUGGCAGAAAUCUCGAACAGCGUUGACAGAGACAACUUUAGAAGCAAUGCAUCCCCUCGUGACGGGGUCUACAUGCUGUUCACGUCCGGCAGCACAGGGAUCCCGAAAGGCUUCUUGAUGGAGCACGGGGCUGUCUGCACCAGUCAGACUGCCAUCGCCAAAAGACUUCGAUUUACAGCCGAAGCUCGGGUUCUUCAAUUUGCAUCGCACGUGUUUGACAUGUGCGUAGGCGAGACUAUCCUGCCAUUAAUCUCUGGAGCUUGUGUAUGCAUACCUUCAGACCACACGAGGAUGAACGGGUUGGCCGAGUUUAUCCGUGAUAUGAAAGUGACAUGGAUGUGGUUCACACCUUCGUUUAUCAAAACCAUCAAGCCGCUUGAUAUACCAACUGUUGAGAUUAUUGUAUUGGCUGGCGAGGCUAUUCCGCGAGACGUUCUGCGUACCUGGUUUGGCAAAGUCCGCCUGGUCAAUGCCUGGGGCCCUGCUGAGACUUGCUUAUGCAGUACUCUCCAUGAGUUCACUUCUGUUCACGAGUCGUCUUUGACGAUUGGCAGAGCCGUUGGCGGUUUGUGCUGGAUUGUAGAUGUCCACGAUUCCGCCAAGCUCGCCCCUAUAGGUACUGUUGGCGAGAUCAUCAUCCAAGGUCCAACUUUACUGCGGGAGUAUCUUGGGGAUUCAGACCGGACGAAGAAAACAAUCAUGACGUCCCUUCCCGAUUGGGCUCCGUAUCAAGACUCCAAAUAUUUCAGUCGGUGUUACAAGUCAGGCGACUUGGGUUUCUAUAACCCAGACGGCACCAUCGAGUUUUCAGCUCGAAAAGACACACAGGUCAAGAUUCGAGGCCUUCGCGUGGAGCUUAGUGAAGUUGAGCAUCACUUCCAGCUGGCCUUCCCGCAAGCGAAGCAGGUUGCCGUUGACGUGUUCAAGUCUGAUGCUGGAGCAAAUCUGGUUGCCUAUUUCUGUCUAAGUGGCGACACGAGGGCCGACGAUGACGAUGGAAGAGGCGGUUCGCUGUUCCUCCCGAUUGAUGACUCGCUUCAGUCUAGCUUAACGCAGCUCGUUGGUGAGCUGUCUGUGGCAUUGCCGCGAUACAUGGUUCCCACGCUCUUUAUCCCGUGCAGCUAUAUGCCCGUCAUCAUUUCUACCAAGCUCGAUCGGAAGAAGCUUCGCCAAAUGACAGCUGAGCUGAAGCAGCAAGAUCUUGCGUCCUACUCGCUGGUCGGAACUCAGAAGCGGCCCCCUGAAACACCCAUGGAGGUGCUACUGCAAAAGAUCUGGGCGGAAAUCCUCAACAUUCCGAGGGAUGCCAUCGGUCGCGACGACAGCUUUCUGGCACUUGGAGGCGACUCUAUCGCGGCGAUCCACCUGGCCAACACGGCUCGCGAAGACAAGAUCCUGGUCACUGCCAAGAGCAUCUUUGAUGAUCCCCGUUUGCUUGCCGUUGCCGCAGCAGCUAAGCACAUAGAGGAAGUAGAUGACGAGGCUUCUGACUUACUACCGUUCAGCCAGAUCAAUGAAGACGUACGUCGCUGGGCAACGGGAACAUCUCUGGCGGCUCAACUUCAACUGUCGGCCAACCAGGCGGUUGAGGAUGCUUACGGUUGCACAAAACUACAGGAGGGCCUCAUGGCUCUCAGUCUGAAGCAACCGGGUUCGUACAUUGCAAGAUACGUGUACAGGCUCAGCAAAGAAGUAGACGUUUGUCGUUUCACGUCGGCAUGGGAUGAGACUAUCAAAUCUUGUGCCAUAUUACGAUCACGGCUCGUACUUCUUGACGGAGUCUGUUACCAGGUCGUGAUCAAAGAUGACGACCUUUGGGAUACUACCUCUUCAGACUUGAACGCUACCAUGGAGACAAUCAAAUCUCUUCGAAUGUCUUACGGAUCGCGAUUAUCGCGUUUCUCAACCGCAACGGAUGAACAGGGAAAUAGCUACUUCUUGUGGACAGUCCAUCAUGCAAUCCAUGACGGGUGGACGAUCCCGCUCAUCCUCCAAACGUUCUGUCAAGCGUAUCAUGAGCGCAUGCCUUUUGUUCCCCAGCCUUUCUCCAAGUUCAUCCGCCAUCUAGCACAGACGAGGGAGCCUGAAGCUCGCGCUUACUGGACGAAGCAGCUUGCAGAUGCCAAGCAAGCUGACUUUCCACCGACAAAAUCCGACAGCAGUUCUGCCGGUGCCACCAAAACCGGCACAUUGAGUAGGAGGAUCAACUUCCCAGAGUCAUCCAACUCAUUGAUUACAAAGGCUACAAUCCUUCGCGCGGCUUGGGCCAUUGUCCUUGCGAGGUAUUGCGACUCCGACGAUAUUUGCUUUGGUGCCACGAUAUCAGGCCGUCAAGCGUCUCUCAAUGGUUUACUCGAGAUUGCUGGACCAACGGUAGCUACGGUGCCUAUCCGAAUCCGCAUUGAUCGUGAACAGCUGGUAUUGGAUUUCCUGCAGGCUGUUCAGCAUCAGGCUACCGACAUGAUACCGUAUGAGCAGUUCGGCAUACAGAACAUCUCGAAAUUGAGCCCCGAGGCAAAAUUAGCUUGCGAAUUCUCGAGCCUGAUGUUGGUUCAGCCUAUCCAGCAAGCUGUAGGCGACGAUGACUUGAGUGGCGUUAUGGUCGCUGCUGAUACGGGGUUAAACACGCAAGAAAGCCUCGUGCAGAAUUACUACACGUAUCCGUUGGUCAUCCAGGGACAUGUCCAUCACGAUCGAGUGGAGCUUCUGGCCAUCUUUGAUACCGCAACACUUUCUCAGCCACAGGUAGAAGCCCUUGCACGUCAGUCCGACAGUGUGGUAGAGCAGCUGGUACUUAAACAGGGGCAAAGGGUUGACGAGAUAUCUGUCACCAGCCCGUGGGAUCUGCAGUUGGCGACUCAAGCCAGUAGCAGUAUUCCAGCUGUUAUUGACAGCUGCGUCCAUACUUUAAUCUCACAGCAAGCCAGACAAUCACCAGAUGCCCCUGCUAUCCAUGCUUGGGAUGGAGAGCUCACUUACAGCCAGUUAGAGAAGGCAACUGAUAAACUAGCCGCGCAUCUCUUACAAACAUGCAAUACAAGCAUCGGAGACAUCAUACUUGUGUGCUUUGAGAAGUCCGUCUGGUACGUUGUGGCGAUUAUCGCAAUCAACAAAGCUGGCGCGGCCUGGGCACCCAUCGACCCGGCUCAUCCCGUACAGCGACUACAGCAAGUAGCCCAGCAGACCGGCGCCAGACUGACGAUAUCGUCUGUCAGCCAUGCUUCACUAUGCAGGAAGCUGACCAAUGAGGUUGUUGUGCUCGAUCGCCAUCUUCACGACGAGCUCAAUACAAAGCAAGGCUGCAGUAAACCAAGCGUCAAUGUUACCCCCGAUGAUGCCGCCUACGUCUUGUUUACCUCCGGCAGUACUGGUACGCCUAAGGGAAUUGUCAUGGAACACCGGGCUCUGUGUACAAGCCAGACGGACAUCAGCAAGCGACUAAAGCUGACUGGUGACGUUCGGAUGCUUCAGUUCUCCUCCUUCGUAUUCGACGUUUCCGUUGGCGAGAUCAUGGCGCCUCUUAUCCACGGUGCUUGCGUUUGUAUACCGUCAGAUGACAUGAGAUUGAAUGGAAGCCUGAAUGACUUUGUCCGUUCAGCUCGUGUUACAUGGGCUUUUUUGACGCCGUCAUUUGCGAGGACACUCCGGCCUGAUGACUACCCGGGGCUAGAGCUUCUGCUUCUCGUUGGUGAGGCAUUCCCACAGGAAGUACUCGAUGCCUGGCAUGGCAAGCUUCGGCUUAUCAACGCCUGGGGGCCAGCAGAAACCUGCGUUUUCAGCUCUAUCCAUGAAUGGACUGAUCCUACGGAGGAUAUCACGACGAUUGGACGCCCAGUCGGUUCCCAUGUGUGGGUGGUUGACGCAGACAAUCCUCGUCGUUUAGCACCUAUCGGUUGUCACGGUGAAAUCGUUGUCCAGGGACCAGCUCUUCUUCGCGAAUAUCUCUCUGAUCCCGGCAAAACGUCAGCAGCGAUAGUUACAAACCUCCCUAAUUGGCUGCCAAACCACACAGCCAAGGGCUGGGAUCGCUUUUACAGAACCGGCGACUUGGGCUACUACAGUCAUGACGGUUAUCUUCAUUACCUUGGUCGCAAGGAUACUCAGGUCAAGAUUCGAGGUUUACGGGUUGAAUUGGGCGAAGUUGAGCAUCAGAUUCGUGGUGCUCUCACCACCGCCCGUCAAGUUGCUGUUGACGUCUUCAAAAAUGAAUCCUCUGCUCAUCUCGUGGCUUACAUCUGCUUUACGGAUAAUACCAAGACGCCCCAACAGAUGCUUGAUCAGCAUGAAGAGGAUCUCCUCAUGCAUAUGACUGCCGAUUUGCGUGCCUCACUGAAUAAGUUGACUGAUGCCUUGAAUGUGGCCCUUCCCAGAUACAUGAUUCCAACGCUGUUUAUCCCUCUCAACUACUUUCCUCUCAUAUCCUCCGCUAAGCUGGACAGAGUCAAAUUGCGACAAUUGAUUGGUAGCUUUUCUUCCCAGCAGUGGAAUGAACAUGCGCUGCUUAACGACGUACAGAAGCGCGCUCCUGUAACGUCCAUGGAAGUCCGUCUGCAGAAGAUUUGGGCGACCGUUCUGAAUAUUCCCGCCGAGACGAUUGGCCGUGAUGACAGUUUCUUACGAAUAGGCGGCGAUUCGAUUGGUGCCAUUCGACUUGUUUCGUUGGCUCGCGAUGCUGGCAUAGAUCUUGAUGUCAGUCAAGUCUUUAGAGACUCACGCCUCUGCUACCUCGCUUCCAAGGCGACAGAUACCGAUGCUGCGUCAAGUGACGAGAUUCGGCCAUUCAGUAUGCUGAGUGAUUCUGUCAAGGCUCGAGUACUCGAUCCCAGUCGCCGGGAGGAGUUUGGUCUCUCGGAGAGGGAAGUCAUUGAGGAUGCUUUCCCUUGCACCAAGCUUCAAGAAGGGCUCAUGGCUAUAGCAGCUAGACAAAAAGGCUCAUACUCUGCAAAGCACUUGUUCAAGCUCCCGUCCCAUGUGGACAUACAUCGAUUUAGGUCAGCCUGGGAACAGACAGUUGCCACUUGCAGCAACCUACGGACAAAGAUAGUUCUCGUCGACAACAUUCCCAUUCAAGUCCAGCUACAAGAAGGCCUUGCGUGGGAAAGCUCGUACGAUGGUCUGGAAUCGUACAAAGAGUCUUGCAAGAAUCUUAGUAUCAACUACAACUCAGCCCUCUGCAGUUACGCAUUGUUUCAUGACAAAGACGACAACUACUUUGCUCUCAACAUGCACCACGCCAUCUUCGACGGCUGGAGUUUAUCGCUUGCUUUGCAGACGCUGUCAGCUGCCUAUGAGGGAAGAGAAUUACAAAAGCUUGAGCCAUAUUCAAGAUUCGUCAGCUAUGUGAGAGACAUGGACGAAGACGCUGCUACCAACUACUGGCAGAAACAGCUGCAUGAGGCGAAAUCCGCAGGAAUUCCACAACAGCCGGUCAUCACUGGCGAUCAACAAGGCACAGCGAUAUUAGAGCAGAAGAUUCCUCUCCCACGCUCAAGGGAUACCGCCAUUACAAAAGCUACUGUCCUACGAGCUGCUUGGUCCAUUGUGCUCGCCAGAUAUAGCGAUCUAGAUGAUGUCUGCUUCGGCUCUGUUGUCUCGGGUCGCAACGCUCCUGUUCCCGGACUUGCCUCCAUCCCGGGCCUCGUCACAGCCACAGUUCCCGUCCGAGUGAAGCUCGACCGGAAAUGCCCCGUCAAGCAGUUCCUGCAAGAUCUGCAGUCCCAAGCCACAGCAAUGGUUCCCUACGAGCAGUUUGGGCUGCAAAGCAUAUCGAAAAUCGAUCAGCAUACGAAAGAAGCCUGCAACUUUUCCAGCUUGAUGGUGGUUCAGCCGGCGAAGCAAAUGGGACUUGCAGAUGUAGGCAGCGGAUCAAGUCUCUUACAGCCGGCUCCUGAAGGUGAUGAUGUGCAGAAAAUGAUGCAAAGCUUCUUCAACUAUCCGCUCGUCGUCCAGUGCAGUUUGUUCGACGAUGAAGUCGACUUGAUGCUCAUGUACGACACAGCCAUGUUUUCGCGCAAUCAACUCAUUGCCCUGUCGCAUCAGUUCAACCAUGUGGUUCAACAGCUGGUAACGCCGGAUGAGCUACUGUUGGGGUAUAUUUCCCUGUCCAGUGCCUGGGAUCUCGACCAAGCUGUUGGCUAUAACAAGCAAAAGGUUGAGCUCGUCGAUUCCUUCAUCCAUGACUUGGUCUCUGCACAGGCUCUGCGCGAUCCUAAUCACGAAGCUUUGUUCUCAUCGGAGGCAUCGUUGACAUACGGCCAAUUAGACCACCUAUCAGCACUCCUGGCGAAGCAUCUUUGCCUCCGAGGAGUAACGCCCAGAUCGCUGGUUCCAUUCUGCAUGGAGAAAUCCAUAUGGGCAAUUGUUGCGAUGCUCGGAAUUCUCAAGUCUGGCGCUGCAUUUGUUCCACUUGAUCCCUCCCAUCCGCGGGCUCGCUUGGAGACGAUUGUCAAAGAGACAAACGCGAACCUGAUGAUCAAUUCUCCUAGCUCGGCAAAACAUUGCAAGGAUCUUGUUCGGCAAACCGUGGAACUGUCCCCUUCGUUCAUAUCAGCGCUUGAAGCCACGGCCAGGCUAAAGUCUGAUCACUCAAUCACUAUUCCCAGCCGGUCGACAAGCGAUCUCGCCUACGUUAUCUUCACAUCUGGAUCUACGGGCAAGCCCAAGGGCGUCGCCAUCCAGCAUUCGGCUCUGUCUACCACUAUGAUAGGCUUGGGUAAGGUGCUUCAUUCUGGCCCUACUUCAAGGACCUUCCAGUUCGCCGGCUAUGUCUUCGAUGCUAUGAUUUACGAAGUCUUUGUACCGCUGAUCUAUGGCGGAACGGUGUGCGUUCCUUCAGAUACUGAACGGCUUCAGGAGGCGCCAGCCUUUAUCCGCAAGUCGCGGUCCAACGAAGCGCUUCUGACACCGUCUUUUGCCAGGACGAUUGUGCCGUCUCAGGUCCCUACAAUGAGGACGCUCAUGGUCGGAGGUGAACCUGUGCCUAAGGACUUGCUGGAAAUUUGGAGCGACAAAGUCCGUCUUAUGAAUGUAUAUGGCCCGACUGAGAGUUGUGUUGUGGUGACAACUCACGAUGUUCGUUCACGCAACGAUUCGCACAGGAUCAUCGGCCAAGGCUUUAAUUCUGCUUGCUGGGUCGUUGAUGCAGAUGACCGCCGUGCCUUUACUCCCAUUGGAUGUGUUGGCGAGCUUGUGAUUCAAGGUCAUACACUAUCUUGUGGCUAUCUGAAUGACUCCGAACGAACCGAGAAAUCUUUCAGUAAACAGCUUGACUGCCUGGGCCCACUGCAGAAUAACGGACCCCGGAGGUUCUAUUUCACUGGAGACCUGGUCAGAUACACUCCCGAUGGUCUUAUUGAGUACGUCGGACGAAAAGAUCUGCAGGUGAAGCUGCGUGGUCAACGCAUUGAACUUGGCGAGAUCGAGUAUCAUUUCAAAUGCUCGCUCGCGACGGUUGAACAUGUUGUUGUAGACGUUCUUCAUCACAAGUCCGGCAUGGCUCUUGUAGCCUUCCUCAGUUUCACCGGAGGGGCUAAUGAUGGGGACCUUCUUCUACCUCUUGAUGAAAGCCUACGUUCGUCGUUGGAGUUGGUUAGAGCGUAUGUGAAGGCACGUGUUCCGCCCUACAUGAUGCCCAGCCUCAUUCUACCUGUUCGAACCAUGCCCUUUGUUACUUCGAUGAAGAUGGAUCGCAGGAAAUUGCUGGACUUGGCAGCGAGUCUGACAACCGAUGAGAUGGCGGGCUAUUCACUUACGACACACAAGAGGGCCGAGCCAAUUACAGAUAUGGAGAAGAGGAUAAUGGACCUGACAGCAAAAGUUCUCAAAAUUCAGCCAGCUGAGAUCAGUCGGCAUGAUAAAUUCCUAGAGAUUGGCGGCGACUCCAUUACCGCCAUUCAGCUCGUCAAUCUGGCUCAGGCAGCUGAUAUUCCUCUGACUGUGGCGGACGUCUUCAAGGACUCACAGAUCUCGGCUCUGUCUGCAUUGGCAAGCAACCAGCAACUUGACAGGGUGACUGACCUUGAGCCAUUUGCACUCUUGCCAGCUGAUAACCGCGAUAUUUUGUUGGCCGAGAUCUCAAAGUCGUGUGGAAUCUCGAGCGUUGAGCACAUUGAGGACGCGUAUCCAUGCACACAGCUGCAACAGGGGCUCAUGGCGCUGUCUGUCAAGCAGCCGGGUUCGUAUAUCGCGAAGAAUGUCUACAAGCUGCCACACCAGGUAGAUGUUGGUCGGUUCAAAUCCGCUUGGGAGCAAACCAUGGAAACAUGCAGCAAUUUGCGGACCAGGAUUGUGCUUGUAGAUGGGAAGGCCAUCCAAGUCAUCCUACGAAAUGCUCACCAAUGGGAUGAUCUUGGCGGCGAUGAUCUCCCUACAUAUUCACAGAAGUUGUCUAGAAUACAGAUCAGCUACGGUUCCAGCCUUGUCCGGUACGCACUACUUCAGCAUGGUGAAAGCCAUUGUUUCAGUCUCACUAUGCAUCACAGCAUAUUUGAUGGCUGGUCAAUGAGCCGUAUCAUGGGUACGCUGGAUGCCAUCUAUCGAAAGAAUGAGCCUCCCCCAUUAGCCCAAUAUGCCCGCUUUGUCAAGUACACCAUGGAUCUCAACCGGGAUGCUGCUAAGAAAUACUGGCUCGAGCAGCUUCAUGAAGCCAAGCGGGCAUCUUUCCCAGGAAACAACAACACCGCGGCAUCUUCGAAGACUCAAAUAACCUCCUAUGUCAGCAAGAGAGUGGACUUUGCCAGCCCCAAGACAGCCGUGACAAAAGCAUCCAUCAUCAGGGCUGCCUGGGCUAUUGUGCUUGCGCGUUACUGCGAUGCAAACGACAUCUGCUUUGGCGCCACAGUUUCGGGCCGCAACGCCUCCCUCGUCGGCGCAGACUCUAUGCCCGGAGUGAUGCUUGCUACUGUGCCGGUUCGGGUCCAUCUCGACGGCGACCAGACAGUGUCAGAUUAUCUGCUCAAGGUCCAGACACAAAGCAGCGAGAUGGUUGCAUACGAGCAGUUUGGCUUACAGAAUAUCUCGUCCCUUGGUGCGAACGCCAAAGAUGCGUGCAAUUUCUCGUCUAUCCUGGUCGUUCAGCCCGCUGCCUUCUUCACGGAGAAAGGCCAAUCUUCGGACGCCAUUCUGAUUGAUGAGAGCUCUGAAGAAGCAAUGGAAGAUCGGAUUCAGAAUUUCAUCAACUAUCCCCUAGUCGUGCAAGGGCUACUGUUCAAGGACAAGGUCGAGAUUGUUCUCAUGUACGACACGAACUGCAUGACCAAAUCCCAAGCCGUUGCUGUAUCAGAACAAAUGCAUCAUGUCAUCCAGCAAUUGACAACUCAGAGCGAAAAGAUGCUGGGAAGCAUCUCCGUCGCGGGCCCGUGGGAUUUAGAGCAGGCUAUGCAAUGGAAUACGGCCAGCCUCGAACCUGCUGCCGAAUGCCUCCACGAUCUUGUAUCUCAACAUGCCAAGCGUCGACCGGAACAUGAGGCCAUCUACUCUACCAGCGGCAGCAUGAGCUACUCCGAACUCGAUCGUAUCUCCUCCCAGCUCGCGGUUCUCCUAAGUGCGAAAGGUGUCGGCCCAGAGUCCUUGGUACCGAUAUGCUUUGAAAAAUCGCCAUGGGCCAUUGUAGCCAUGCUUGGUAUAAUAAAGGCCGGCGGUGCUUUUAUUCCAUUGGACCCAAGCCACCCUGUUGCCCGUCGCCAGGCACUUGUAAGCGAAGUCGGAGCUCAAGUCAUGGUGGUUUCGCCCUCUGUUGCAACGGAAUGUCUGCAUAUGGCCAAGGACGUUGUCGAACUAUCGCCCAGUCUGCUUUCUUAUUUCUCCGAGAGCUCAGAUAUUCAUAUCCAAAGCAAAGCUGGUCCGAGAAACGCAGCUUACAUGCUCUUUACAUCAGGCUCUACCGGCAAGCCCAAAGGUGUAGUGGUCGAGCACCAGGGCAUUUGCACGUCUAUACUGGGCGAACACAAGGCUUUCAACACUGACGAAAACUCGCGCUGGUUCCAGUUCGCCAACUAUGUGUUUGACGCUUGCAUCACCGAGAUAUUUGCCGCAUUAACGGCCGGUGCUACUGUCUGCGUGCCGACUGAGACAGAACGGAUGCAUCACACGUCAAAGUUCAUCACGGACGCCCAGGUUAACAUCGCUCUGUUGACACCCACCUUUGUCAAGACUCUAUCGCCCGACUCGGUGCCUUCAUUGAAGACGCUCAUCCUUGGUGGCGAAGCUGCGUCACAGGAUAUCCUUGAGACUUGGUAUGGGUGCGUGGACUUGCGCAACGCGUACGGCCCUGCUGAAGCUUGCAUUGCUUCUUCUGCCCAUGUUUACACAUCUUUGAAUGUUUCUGCAACAACGAUCGGUCGGGGAUUUGCGCAUCAUUGCUGGAUUGUUGAUCCUGAUGACCAUCAGCAGCUGGCACCCAUUGGCUGUACGGGAGAGCUUUUGGUGCAGGGCCCAGCUCUGGCAAGGGGCUACUUUGGUGACGAGAGCAAAACGAAGAGUUCAUUCGUCGAAGAUGUUACCUGGUUACCUACGGAACAUGCGAAGGUGCGAAGGUUUUAUAAAACGGGAGAUUUGGUUCGGUAUGGUGAAGAAGGUGUUAUGGAGUAUCUUGGACGAAAAGAUACUCAGAUCAAGAUUCGAGGACAGCGGAUAGAGGUAGGGGAGAUUGAACAUCAGAUGAAGAAGCUGGAGACGACAAUUCAACAUGUUGCUGUGGACGUCAUACAAGGGAAAUCGCUCGCAGCAUUCGUCAGCUUCGUCUUGAGCGACGGUGAUGGCUUGAAGCGAGGCUUCGGCAUCCUGGACAGAGACGAGGCGAAUGGAGAAGUAUUCUCUCAGCUCACGGCACACCUGAGCAGCAUCUUACCCCAGCAUAUGGUGCCCUCAUACAUCAUACCAGUUACAUAUAUGCCUCACAACAGUGCCGGCAAGCUUGAUCGUAAGCUACUUGUACAGACGGCUUCUCAGCUCGCUGCGGAGGAGCUCGCCCAACACUUGUCCAGCGAACGGACAGUCUUCCGCGACUGUUCCAACGAGACUGAGGCUUGGCUUCGGUCGCAGUGGGCGCAUGUGCUCAAUAUGCCCGAGGAAUCCAUUAGUGUGGACGAUAACUUUUACCGGCUGGGCGGUGAUUCCAUUCGCAUUGUGACUCUUGCCAGGGCCAUUCUUGAUGAGUACGGUGUGAGCUUGGGUCUUUCCAUUCUCAACAGCAAGCACACGACCAUUGGCAGUAUGGCGAGCUUCAUCAAGGACAUCGUCGCACUCGUUCGUGGCAAGUCACCGCGGCACGGACUUGAACGCAUCAUAUCCACAGCCCAAACGGCCCGAUGGUGGAAUGACAGCUAUGAACAAAAGAUCGAAGUCUGGGUCGGUGAUCUCGGUAAAAAGCAUCUCGGUCUUGACGCCUCUCAAUGGGAACGCCUUGCGGGAGUAUCCAGGCAACAGAAGAACAUCGACGCCAUCGUUCAUAACGGCGCCGUGGUUAACUGGCAUGCGGACUACGAUAAGCUGGCGGCGCCCAAUGUCAGCUCUACCAUGGAGUUGCUAAAGGCGGCUGCCUCUUCGCCGGUGAAUCCUAGACUGGUGUUUGUCUCUGGGGGUUUGAAGACAGAUCCGGAAGAAGAUCCACAAAGAGUUGCCGUGCAGCUUGGUCGUCUGAAUGGAUAUGUUCAGACCAAGUUUGUCUGCGAGAGCGUCAUUCAAGAAGUUCUGAAGAGCCUGCCACGACCACAAAACAGGCUGUCCAUUGUCAAGCCGGGACGUAUCAUCGGGUCUGAAAGCAACGGAGUCGCCAAUGUCGAUGACUUGAUCUGGCGUGUCGUUGCGGGAGCUGCUGCUAUUCACGCUUACCCGGUAGAACCGCCAGAGAACUGGAUGUACAUUGCUGAUGUCCGCAGUGUUGCGUCCACAGUUCUUGGGCAAGUCUUCCGGGACACUGCCGUCAAUUCCUUUGUCCAUGUGACUGGCGGUAUGCCCACUGUGACGUUCUGGAACAAGGUGAACGAGGAGCUUAAGAUUAAGUGUAAGCCAGUAUCAUGGAGUGAGUGGACAGAGAUGGCACAGGCUUCGAUGGCCGAGGUUGGAGAUCGGCAUCCUCUCUGGCCUGUCCAACAUUUCCUUGGGGCUCUCGGGGUGCCGCGGUCAGAAAAGGAGCUGGCAACGGAGUCUCUGGAGCAUGAGCAAUGGCAUAUGGCCGUGAGGAAGAAUGUGCAGUAUUUGGUCGAGAUUGGGUUUAUCGUGUCGUCUGUGGGCGAACUGGGCAAUACGAAGGAGGAAGCAAUGAAGCGGGUACACUAG